GCAGAAUAAGUUACCAGACAACUUUAAUGUAUUGAGUUGCCUUAGAAACAGUACCCGAGCAUAUUUUAUUAAUUGACCCCGAGGAUCAACAUUUGCAGGUUCCAAGCUAUUUUACUCAUAAAUAAGGAGCUUUCAUUUGGCAAAAGAUGCUUUCGGCUGCAUUAUCCGUGGGUGUCCUCCUGGCAUCGCUGCUUUAUCAAGCGAGCGGUUUGGCAACUGUGACUGGCCGUUAUGGAGAGACAGUUGUGGUACCCUGCAAUAUAGAAGGCCAAAAUCCAGCAGACAUCAUCAUCACAAAAUGGAAAUACGCAAAAGCAGAUGGGUCUUCUGGUGAUCUGAUAGUGAAAAGUCGAGGUCAGAAUGCUACUGUUUCAGCCAGUGAAGAGUAUCAGGACAGGGUGAGCGUCAGUGAGGACCUCAGUCUGCAUAUUGCCAAAACAACUCUGACUGAUGAGAAAGUAUUCACCUGCAUGGUAGUGGUGGGUGCCGACAUUUUGGAGUUCCCCAUCCACGUGACGAUUCAGAAGGCUCCUUCCGCACCAGAGGUCACCGACCCAGCGGCAGUGAUGGAGCUUGGCAAACUAGCCCAGUUAGGAGUAUGUACUACCACAGAUGCCUAUCCAGCUGCUAACAUUACGUGGUAUAGAGACAAUAUUGCUCUGGAAAACGAUGGAACAGAUAUUAUCAUCACCACCACUGUGGAGACCGACAGUGGGACGGGUCUUUCCUCUACCUCCUCAAAGCUUCAGUAUACAGCAGGGAAGGAAGACAAAGACGCCAAGUUCACCUGCGCUGUUCAGCAUAGCCUGGCUUCAGAUCUGGUGUCUUCCCCUGUAUUAUUCACCAUCAACUUCCCCACAGAGAAAGUAAGCCUCCAGGUCAUCUCUGAAGGACCCUUCAUGGAAGGCGAUAGCGUGACCCUUAAAUGUGAGGCAGACGGUAACCCACCACCUUCCAGCUUCACCUUCCACGUCAAGGGAGAAAAAGUGACGGUGGAAGACUCUGACACUUACACCCUGACCAACGUCACGCGUGCAGACAGUGGAGAGUACAAAUGUUCUUUGGUGGACGAUGAAGAUCUGGAAUCCUCAGCAAACAUCACAGUCAACUAUCUGGAUGUCACAUUCAGCCCUUCAGGCAAGAUCACCAAGAGAACUGGAGAAAGCUUGGAAGUGACUCAGCAGGUAGAUGCAUCUGGAGAAGUCCAAGUUUCCUGGAAAAAGGGCAGUGUCAAACUGAGCAGUCCGCCCAAGUUUGACAAGCUGACAUACACUGACUCUGGAAUGUACGAGUGUAUAGUCUCCAUGGCAGGACUUGUCAAAAGCCAUUCCUUUGAACUGACUGUUGAAGGUGCUCCGGUGAUCAAGAGCCUGUCCAAACAGCGCAGUGACGACGACACGCACAAAGUCCUCAGCUGCGAGGCGGAAGGUUCGCCCAAACCCACCGUGAUGUGGAGCAUCAACGGCACAGAUGCAACGGAAACUCAAUACGUCGAUGGAUCGAUCACCUUUAAGAUCACUAUUGUACCCACUGCUAAUCUCACCGUGUCCUGCACUGUGUCCAAUUCUUUGGGCCAGAGUACUAAGAGUAUUAAUGUGUCUGCACUAUAUGAGGAGGUCAAAUUGAACAGACAAGAGGAACAGACAGAUGACUCCAAUGACCAGGCCAAACUGGCAGUAGGAAUUGUUGUUGGUCUUAUUUUGGCAGCUGUAGUUGUUGGUCUGGCCUACUGGAUAUACAUGAAAAAAUCCAGGCAAGGCACCUGGAAAACUGGAGAAAAAGAAGACGGUACUUUGGAAGAGAGCAAAAAGCUGGAGGAGGCCAGUCAAAAAGCAGAAGCUUAAAUUUGAAGAGCCAUUCAGGAAAAAGAAACUUCCUUGCACACAUUGCAAGUUAUGUGUCUGUGAAAAAGGGAAUUCAUUUUAAACAGAUUCUCCCAUCGACAGAGUUCUGCUGAUCCCCUCUGAAGAGCAGUGUGUAGUUGUGUCUUUCUCACCACCUUUAAAGGCAGAGAAGACAUAAACAAUGAAAAUAUGGUAUAAAGUACAGUUUGUGAACCUACUGCACUGAUGAUUCAUUGUGUUAUGUUUUUGUUCAAGAAAAAAAAACAAAAAAAAAACCUUUUUGUCUGUGAGCUGUGUAUUAUCAUAGGUUGAGUCAGGUAUUUGGUCAUUCCACAAGAAAGUGAUGCCCAAUCAGUAAGUUUGAUUGUUCAGCCAUUUCUAGCAGAUGUGAUUCUUGUAGGCUAAGUUGCCUUAUAUGUAACAAUGUGUCGUAUUAUUUUUUUUCUCACUUUGUACACUGGAGGAGGAUAUGGAAAAAAAUGUAAAAGUUGUUACUUUUCCUUUUCUGACCUCACAUCGUCACCACUAAUUCAUCGUCGUAGUCAGUUUACAUCCACUUUCUGUAACUUUUUAAGUCUAGUUAGCAGUGUUUGACAUGAAUUGUGUAAAUAUUGAGACCAAGUGUCAUUGCCUGUGACUUCUUUUUCCAGAAGUAUUUCGGUACUAUUGGGUUUUUUUCUGUUUUAAAAAGACCUAUGAGCCAGGUGGUAACUUGAAGGUAAAAAAAAAGAAUGCAUAGGUGAAAAAAGCCCCAAUUAGGCAGGAGUGAAAGAUAAAUAAAUAAACCUUUUUUGAUGCAGGUGUGAUUAGUGGCCUUUUGAAAGAUAAAGUUUGAUUGUGUAUGAAGUAAAAAUUAUUUUGCAUAAAUUCAAAAACAUUAGUUUAACUGAAGAAAUGCCAUCUAUUGUCCAGAUUAUUCUAAUUGUGCCUUGUUUGCGUUGUGUUAUUAAAAUGGAUAAAAACACAAAUGAAGAAAAAUCCAAUAAAUAUGUAAUGGUAUCUAGCCUAUAACAUGAGCAUUUCAGGUUAGGAUAUGUUAUUAUCUAUAUCCAUAUUGUUUGAUUUUAUUUUGCAAGGACUGUAUUAAAUUCGAUGUUUUCUCAGGCUGUCUUCAGUUAGCUAAGGCCACAUGAAAAUUAUUUUAAAAAAAAAGUUACCUAACCCCAUGCAUGUUCAGUUAUUUACCAUGCUCAUGUACAUUGCUGCAAAGUACUUUAGUUUGAGAGUGUACCUGUAAAUAUAACAAACUUUUUUUUUUCUUUUUGGUGGUUUAUUUAUAUCGUUCAGGUGUAGCUUUAUCCUGCUGUGUUUCAGCAUUCUGCUAGCCAGGUUUAAUCAAUUUUCCCUUAAGAUAUACCUCUAGUACUAUUGAAAAGUACAGAAAACUGAUGUUAGUUACUUGCAGGCAUUAAAGACAUGAUGUUUAAUAUGUUAGGCUUUUGUAGUGUGAUGUUCAUUUGAUCUGCUGAACCUGUGAGAUGAAACUAAAGAGGGUUACUAAGGCCAUGCAAGUGUUGUACAUACUGACUUGGUUUUGUACUUUUGUUGAAAAUAAAAGUGUACAUUUUGAGGAAAG